UACCUGUAUCAGGUAACGAAGCCUCAAGCUCCACCUGCUCGUGACCUCAGGUGUUAAAUCAUCAGGGUGUGUCCAAACAGAAAGAGGAAGCUGCCAGUCUUUGGAACUUUUACGGUCAUCAAUGACUAUUAAAUGUGACUCUACACUUGGAUUGGAAGCUGACCUCGUAUGUAAGGUUGAAGAACACGUUUAUGAGGAAGAAAGGUCAAACUUCAAUAAAAAAGAAACUAAAACCUAAAUCUGGAAACUGAUAUGGAGAACAGUGUUCUGGUGCUUCUAUCUACACGAAAACAGCAAAUAAAGCGUGAUUCAUUCUGCAAUGCAGUGUGUGAAAAGAAACCAGCUACAGUUGAAACACACAGCCUAGGGUUCUGGUAAGCAAGGAAGCAGGCUAAGUCAACGCUGGACACACAGAGCUGUGAACAUACAGCUCAUUUGUGAAGAGAGUUAAUCGGUGGAAGAUGGGUAUCUGGCUUUAUGCCCAAUUUUUACACAUUUCUAUGGGCGUUGAGUACGUUAACAUAUUAACAUAUAUAAAAAACCAGCGGAUUGGAAAUACAGUAACAGUGCCUGGGAGGUGGAUCUGAAAGACAUGGAUGAAUUGGAAACUGUGGAUUGCAAUGGAAACUUGGACUCUAGAAACUCUCAAUCCUGGGGUGAUUUUGAAGGGCCCGCUGGGUGUUCUUUUCCUCCAUCCAACUGUGCAGAUAAUUUCCAUGAGCCUGACUGUUUGAAUAACCCCUUCGGGGAGUGGAGUACUUUUGGGGAAAGUGACCAGCUGAACAAUAGUGCUUUCCCACCUUUUACUGGAGAACAGUUGAAAUGGAAAACAUCACCCGUCAAUAUGGAUGCAAGUUCUCUAGACACGGUGCAGGACGUGACAGAUUUCGAGAUGGUUUUUAAGAACAGUUUCCCUUUAGUUGAAGUUGAAGAAAGAACAGAGGAUGUAAGAUCACUACUGGAGCUACUUGAAGACUCUCCGCAGGAAGAGGCUUCUUUUUACCAACACCUCCCCAGUCGAUGUAGUAGCCCUGUGUCAUUAUGGAGAAGUCUACAGGAUGAAAACGAUGCUGUGGGUUUAGAACAACAGUGGAAAGAGUCUCACAGCCAGAAGAGACUGUUCACUACAAUUGGGAUCGACACGACCCUACAGACUCUAGAAACUGUAAAGGAGGACUUUUGGGAAAAUGAUGAGGAAAUGUCUGACACUGCUACCUUACCAAGCCCUGGCACUAAGGACCUGAUUCAAACCAAGCUGUUUGUGCCUCUGUGUUCACGAAAUGCCCGAAGUUUUAUCUACCACAUAUCUCAUCAAUGGUUACAGAUAAACAGUCAACUUCGCAUUCAAAGCAAGAAGAAAGGCUUUUUGUUUUAACUCGUAUUGCUAUUUUCAUUUGCACUAUUAUAGAACUACGAGAGGUAAUGAAUAAUUGUGGAACAAAGAGUCUUGUUUUAAUUUAAUGUGUUUGUUUGUGUUGCAACUGACUGUAAACCUCACUGUAAUCAUUCUUUACAGAAUGUUUCAAUGUCAGUACAUUUUAGUGAGAUGCCCAGAGGUUUAAACCUGUAUAUGUAAGGUGGCACCUUUUAUACUCUCUGAUCAGAUAAAGAAAGAAAAUAAUCGGGCACCAUCUUACAGCUGCACAUGGGAAAAGAUGAGGAAUAUUUGACUUUUUUUAUGAAGACCUGUUGAUGUUGAAGAUGUAUAGAAAAAACUCAGGCUUUCCACAGGGACAAUGAUUAUUCAUUCCAUGCCCAGCAACACACCAUGUUUAACUUCUUUGCUUUUUUUCGUCCACCGAGACAGUUUUGUCAAAGCGUAUUUUUAUAAGACCAAGAAGUUUAUUUAGUUUUAGAUAUGUUAUGUGUAUGACUGGGUGUUUAAAACAACAACAACAACAACAACAACAACAACAACAAAAACAACGCAAGAAUUAUUUUUAUCCUAAGAACUGCUGCUUCCACCCUGGUUUGUGUUUUAUUUGGAAUCCCAGGAUUUGCGUCAGCAUACCUAACUAAAUAACAUGCAAAUUGAAACCACCUUAACAAUUGGCUUAGCAUUGUUACAAAAAGCUUUUGAAGAAAACCUCCAGCACAAGUAGGGAAACAAUGUUUAGUGUUUAAAUGUUCAAAUAUUUUAUUAAUCACAAAUUGAGCACAUAUUUUAACAUUCCUCUAAACCUGACAGAAAUCUCACUGUAAAUGUUUGUCUUGAGGGAGGCCCAGGCACCCAGGACUGAUCAAUCUUUUUUUGAUUUUUUGGAAUAUUAAUGAGCAUAAAUUCAGAUCCCUGCUCUUCAAAUGUACUUUAUUUUUGUAAGGGUAGAGUUGUUAGCAAAAUAACAGAACAAAGAAAAGUUGCCUUUUCCUGGUAAAUACUGUUAAGCCUUAAGAAAAGCACCGUCUUUGUGAAUACGGGCUACACACUGUCAACAGUCAUGUUACCUAUUAAUGACCGUAAAUAAACAGUGCUUCCAAGAGAAUACAAAAUGAUCGCUGGUGUUUCUAACGUGGAUGUGAAGCCAAACUGCAUCAAACCUGUAACAAAUUGCUAAAUGUUCUGUAUUGCUGCGUUGUAAGAUCUGUGAAAACAAAAAUAACUUAACAGCAGUACAACAACAUAGUUUAUGCAGUUAAAUUAAAACAUUAUCACAAAUAGUAAGACCUUUUAGCUUUGUAAAAUGUAUAUCAAAUGCUAUUUUAAUUGGCUUAUAUUACUUGAUGUUUCUUAGCUGUUCAAUACAUACCGUUCUUGUUCCGAGCUCUUCAAUUAUCCAAGAAGCACCCUCCCAUUUUCUUUUUUUUUUACUGCUGACCAUGAAUAUUCUUGCAGCAGGCUGCGGGUGAUGUAAUAUGCAGUCACUUUUUGAAAAGAUCUGGAUUUGUUCCCCCCCGUUUCUCCUGAGGGGGGCGACAGAUGGCUGCAUCUUCUUCCUCUAUGAAUGUACUUCCGAUGCACAUUUUGAACUGCUCUGUUUAAACAAUGUUUGUGUUUGUAUGGCGAAAGGCUCACCCAGGACAAAUAGCUGUUCCAUAAUUAGCACCAUUUAAUUAUUUACAGGUUGUCUUGUUGUUUACUACAUUAUCUGAAUGCCUGAAUAAUAGAAGCAGUAACCAAAAGAACUGUCAACACGUUUUAAUUCUCCGUUCUCACUGUGGUGCCCUCAGAGGUAUGAUUCAGAACUGAUUCGUGAGUGGGUGUAGCGUAGUGUAGUGGGUUGGGGGCAUGGAACACAGAGGUGCCUGCUAUCACAGAGGAAAAAAAAAACUGAUGAUGUCAAGAACGAGUCAGCCAGUAACAAACAAGGUGCUUACUGAGGUGUUGAGGUGCUAGGAUUUUAAUUGGCUUUGAAUCAUAGCUGGUCCAGUGCAAUUUUCAACUUCCUAAUUAGGGUUACACAGCUUAUUGAAGCACGGCUGUGGUUAUAUUGCAAGUAGAGCAUUUUAAAUAUACUGUGACAAGCAUAAUGCUUCGUAUAAUUGUGCAUAGGCUGCUCCUGUGAUACAAGUGGAUUUAUGGAUGGUACAUGCUUCUGUUUUAAUCAGUUCACAGACACUGCACUUUCUAUUUGAGUGUUUACUAAAUAUGCAGUUUAUUUUCACUAUUUGAACCUGCUGUUCCUGCUUCAGGUCAACCCUCUUAACAAAUGGGCCAAAGAGUUAAAUGCAGAUCACCUGACACACCGGUUAUGUAGCUCAGAUAAGACACCUUUAGACCUGAAGGUGUUUAGUGGUAAAAUUGUGUGUAUUUUAUUGAAAAGAAAGUACAUUGUUAAGGUGUCAGUUUGAACAGUAGUACUACUUAUGUGAAAUGAAGGUGAAAUAAUGAUUAAUGUACACUGUAUUCCUUUUAUGGAAUUUUAAUAAAUUAUGUAUUAAAGUAA